UUGGGCAAAGAUUCCUCACCAUUGUUUCGUGCUACGAUCACACCCAUUUUCUCUGGCCAACUUUCAAAAUUGUGGGUUAAUUACGAGGAAUUACAAUAUCCCGAUCGGCGAUUGAUCUUGCUGAUCACUUGAUUCUCAAUUGCGUUUCUUUCAACCGAAUCUGGGUAUCCUAGGGUCUUUCAAGAAGUUCAAUAUCGAUCGUCUCUUGUUUGUUUGAAACCCUAGGGCCCCUUUCUGGUUCGGCGAGGUUUGGGGUUUAUGGUUGAUUGGUAAUAAAACGUUUGAAAUGAGCCUUGUAAAUUUUCUUUGUAGCUCGAAAAAUCCCAAAUUUCGAGGGAUUUUUAAUGGGAUUUGUGCUGUGAUUCUAUUUGUCUUCUUCUUUGAUCGGAGCGACAUACUCAGGAACCCUUUGUUAAGAAGUAACGCGUCUUUCGUCGAUGGUGGUAGUGGUGGUUCGACCUCCAAAGCUAAUUUCAACAAUGGUUUUAGCCAAUUUACGGUAGUUCGUCGACAUAUGAGCGAAGCUGACACAAACGUUUCUAAGCUAAUCAACGGUUCUGGUAAUAACAGCUUGAGUAGCACUAGUACUGUAUUAUGCUCGGGUUUACACAAUCACAUGGGUUACGCUGAUCAAUGCGAGUUCUUAAGAGCGAAUCCGAUUUGCUCCCCUGAUGGAUUCUUUAAUUACCUCAACUUCUUUUACUGCUCCUGCAGAGAUUUCAAGAUCUUGGGUUACAUGAUGUUGGGUGUUUGGCUUGUCGCGUUGUUUUAUCUGUUGGGUAAUACUGCUGCAGAUUACUUUUGCUGUUCGUUGGAGAAGCUUUCAAAGCUUUUGAGGCUGCCUCCAACUGUUGCUGGUGUUACGCUACUCCCACUUGGGAAUGGAGCACCAGAUGUGUUUGCAAGUAUAGCUGCUUUUGUUGGAACUGAUAAAGGAGAAGUGGGUCUUAACAGCGUCUUGGGUGGUGCUGUGUUUGUUACUUCAGUUGUUGUUGGGAUUGUCUCGCUUUGUGUUGCGGACAUGGAAGUCAAGAUCGAUAAGAAAUGCUUCAUCAGAGACUUAAGUUUCUUCCUUUUCACACUCGUGUCUUUAUCAAUUAUUUUGAUGGUCGGUGAAGUCACAGUACGGGUCGCCAUAGCGUUUGUCUCGAUAUAUGUGGUUUAUGCUUUCCUCGUGGCGGCAAAUGUUGUUCUGAGAAAGCAUGCUAAGAGGUUUAAGCUAGAAGCUAUUACUCCUUUGCUACCUAUGCAAGGAAGUGUGUUUUCCCCGAGUGUUGAAGAGGAUAUUCCAAUGCAUAGCCCCUUGAUCGAAACUGACACUGAGGAUGGUCCACCUCGGCUACAGAACUCUCUUCCUCAAUGGAUGUGGGCUUCGAAUGUGGCCAUCUACUCAAACCAUUUCGCGAGAGUUAGUGUACAAGAUGAUGACAGGCCACCUUGGGGGUGGAUUGACGACAGUGCAGAAGUUGAGAGCUCCUUGUGUACUAAACUCACUUCCUUGUUGGAAAUUCCACUGACGAUUCCAAGGAGGUUAACAAUUCCAUCGGUCGAGGAAGAUACAUGGUCAAAGACAUAUGCCGUGGCUAGCGUUUCAUUAGCCCCUGUACUCUUGGCAUCUCUCUGGAGUAGCCAAGACAAUGUGAGUCCCCAAGCUUGUGUUGUGGCUUACUUUAUCGGCGUUGCUAUAGGCUCAGCUCUUGGUUUUCUUGCUUACAAAAACACAGAACCGGAUCACCCACCUCGAAGAUUCUUGAUCCCUUGGGUUCUUGGUGGGUUUAUCAUGAGCAUCGUAUGGUUCUACAUGAUUGCAAACGAACUCGUAGCUCUUCUGGUGACAUUUGGUGAGAUCUAUGGAAUCAACCCGUCGAUACUUGCACUAACGGUACUCGCUUGGGGAAACUCAAUGGGUGACUUAGUGUCGAACAUCGCAUUGUCGAUGAACGGUGGGGACGGUGUGCAAAUCGCUCUAUCGGGAUGCUAUGCAGGUCCAAUGUUCAACACACUCGUUGGGCUCGGUAUGUCGAUGCUUCUCGGCGCAUGGUCCAAGAGUCCUGACACGUACAUUGUACCAGAAGAUAAAAGCUUGUUCUACACACUUGGGUUUCUAGUACUCGGUUUGGUUUGGGCUAUGGUUGUGCUCCCACGCAACGACAUGCGACCUAAUAAAACCUUGGGUGUUGGACUCAUUGCUCUGUAUCUGAUAUUCGUCACAUUCAGGCUCAGUUGCGCCAUGGGAUUCAUACCAUGGGCUGCUUAAAAGCUAUGUAACCUUGUUUGAUCUGUAACCAACGACUAAUUAGAGGCCAAUGUAUAUCAAAACUUGUAAUGAGCGUUCAUAGUUUUUGAAUAUUUCGAUAAGAGCUUAAAUAUAUGUGUUCGUUUCUGAUUGGUCAG